AUGUCUCACCAUGAUAAUGGAGUUACAGUGGGACUUGGAAUCCAGAUGUGUGAAAGAUGGAGGGCCGCACUCAGCUUCCUGCCCCACCAGAGGAAGUGGGGAGAGACGGCAGGUGCAGUGAUGGCUGGCGGAGUCAUGGACAAGGAGUACGUGGGUUUUGCUGCCCUCCCCAACCAGCUGCACCGCAAGUCUGUCAAGAAGGGGUUUGACUUCACACUAAUGGUGGCAGGGGAGUCAGGCCUAGGGAAAUCCACCCUCAUCAACAGCCUCUUCCUCACCAACCUCUAUGAGGAUCGCCAGGUGCCAGAGGCCAGUGCUCGCUUGACACAGACCCUGGCCAUUGAGCGCCGGGGUGUGGAGAUCGAGGAAGGAGGUGUGAAAGUGAAGCUAACCCUUGUGGACACGCCUGGCUUUGGGGACUCAGUGGACUGCUCUGACUGCUGGCUUCCCGUGGUGAAAUUCAUCGAGGAGCAGUUUGAGCAGUACCUUAGGGAUGAGAGUGGCCUGAACCGGAAGAACAUCCAGGACUCCCGCGUCCAUUGCUGCCUCUACUUCAUCUCACCCUUUGGCCGGGGGCUCCGGCCCCUAGAUGUGGCCUUCCUUCGGGCGGUACACGAGAAAGUCAACAUCAUCCCAGUCAUUGGCAAAGCGGAUGCCCUGAUGCCCCAGGAAACCCAGGCCCUCAAGCAGAAGGAAAGCAUCCCUUUUGCAGUCGUGGGUUCAUGCGAGGUGGUGAGGGAUGGCGGGAAGCGACCGGUGAGGGGACGCCGCUACUCCUGGGGGACCGUGGAGGUGGAGAACCCACAUCACUGCGAUUUCCUGAACCUGCGACGGAUGCUGGUGCAGACACACCUGCAGGACCUGAAAGAGGUGACGCACGAUCUGCUCUACGAGGGCUACCGGGCCCGCUGCCUACAGAGCCUGGCCCGGCCUGGGGCUCGCGAUCGAGCCAGCCGCAGUAAGCUUUCCCGCCAAAGCGCCACGGAGAUCCCGCUGCCCAUGCUGCCUCUGGCGGACACCGAGAAGCUGAUCCGCGAGAAAGACGAAGAGCUGCGCCGCAUGCAAGAGAUGCUAGAGAAGAUGCAGGCCCAGAUGCAGCAGAGCCAGGCCCAGGGCGAGCAGUCAGACACCCUUUGAGGCCACGCCCCUCCCGGCCUUACCUCGGCUCCGCCUUCAGUCGGCCUCUUGUCCAAUCCCCGCGCCCCACACUGCCCAGCGCCCCCUGGAACCCCGUGGGUGCCGCCCUCGCGCGGGCUAGGGGGAGGUUCUACCAGCC